GUUUUUGCAACGGCGAAGGGCCCGUGGGUUUAUUCUAAGGCGGAGCUCGGCGCGAGAGGUGCGGCGGGAGCUGAGCGGAGCGCGGCGCCGAGGACUCCCACCGCCGAGAGCGGGCAGCAGCCUCCGCCUCGCACCGCAGGAGCCGCUCCCCGCGCCCCGGAAUCCCGCGCGGUGCCCCCCGGUGCCGGCAGCAUGAGGCGCGCGGCGCUCUGGCUCUGGCUGUGCGCACUGGCGCUGCGCCUGCAGCCGGCCGUCCCGCAAAUCGUGGCCACAAAUGUGCCCCCAGAAGACCAGGACAGCUCUGGGGAUGACUCGGACAACUUCUCCGGCUCGGGUGCAGGAUCUCUACCAGACCUCACGCUGUCGCGACACACGACCCCGACCUGGAGCACGCUGGGGCUCCUGUCGGCCAAGCCCACCGCUCCGGAGCCCACCAGCGUGGAUGCCACCGCGUCCCUCCCGCCCUCGGCCGAGGGGCCUGUGGUGGUGGAGGUGGAGCCCGGCCUCACGGCCCUGGAGAAGGAGCCCGGCCGCGCGCCCGGCCAGCCCACGCAGCACCCGACCACCCCCCGGGAGGGGGCCAGAGUCAGAUCCACCGCGGCCCUGGGAGCCGUCACCUCCCCGCCGCACAGGGGCACAAGGCCCGUCUCCCCGGAGACCGCGGCCCCGUCGGCACCCGGCCAGCACGACCCUCAGGUUCACCACGUAGGGGACGGGGGCCCCGCUGUCACCGAGAAGGUGGUCGAGGAUGGAGCGACCAGCCAGUUCCCAGGAGCAGAGGGCUCCGGGGAGCAGGACUUCACCUUCGAGAGCGCCGGCGACAACACAGCUGAGGCGGCCCCGGAGCUGGAUAAGAGGGACCGGUCCUCCGUGGGCCAUGAGGCCACCGGGGCCUCGCAGAGCCUCCUGGACAGGAAGGAAGUGCUGGGAGGUGUCAUUGCCGGCGGCCUGGUGGGGCUCAUCUUCGCCGUGUGCCUGGUGGGCUUCAUGCUGUACCGGAUGAAGAAGAAGGACGAGGGCAGCUACUCCCUGGAGGAGCCCAAGCAGGCCAACGGGGGCGCCUACCAGAAGCCCAGCAAGCAGGAGGAGUUCUACGCCUGAGGGAGCGCCCAUCCCGCUCUCCCUGCCACUCGCAAGGCCCCCGUGCCCCCUCCCUGACGCUCCCAUCCUGAGUUGGGGGCGCCCCCCCACCCCCGGGGGCAGGCGGGGCGCCCCUCUGCUUCUUCGACUUCUGCCUGGAGACUUGGGCGCCAAAGGACUCUCUCGCCUUUUGACCUUCCCGUCACCACCACCGCCGGCACCUGGCAUGUACAGCUCUCUGACUCAGUUUCUCCAAACUGGAACAGCCCCUCUCCACAGCUCCACAGACAAAGGGGGACCCCACGCCGGAGGGCCUGGAUGGGGCCCCUGGGGCCGGACAAAGCCCCCCCCACCCCCAGGGAGGGGCUGACUGACGUGCCUGUAGCACUUACGGUACAGACCAAGCGCUGUGGUGACAGGGACGGCUGUGUGGUGGGGACGGGCCACGCGCCCCGGAACCCAUGUUGCUGUGUGGGGAGGUCUCAUUUAGAUAUCGACUUAUCUUUGCACAUGUUUCCUCUAGUUUGUCUUCUGUUUCUAGUCCCUAGGCUUUGCCCCUUCUGAGGUAAGUUAAGUGAGGUGACAUGGCCAUCAUUCCCUGACUCGCUUCCCUCCCCGACGGCCAGGAGACAGCCCCAGGGAGGAGACGCGGUGUUUGGAUGGGGAGAAUCGCAUCUGGAAGCCAGCAUCUGCCCUGAAGUUGGGGCUGUCUGUGAGGGCGCGAGGCCGGUGGGGAGGUCCCCAAGGACUGGCCGGCCCAUCCCUCCGGCUGCCACGGCCACCACAUCUGUGCCCAUGAGCUUAGGGCCACGGCCACACCCCCUGCUGUGACGCUGAGGCGAUGAGGCGCGUGGGGGACGGAAUCCUGGCACCUCAGGCUGGGCCCUGAGGACUGCGGGGACUGAGGGCAGCUGAAGCAGAGGCCAGCCCGGAGACCCUCGCACUGACCCCGUCCUUCCUUGGGGGCCGGCCCGCCUCUGGGGACAUGCUCUCCUGGACGGUGACGAGAGGGGUCCCGGGCAUAGCUGGUGCUGCCCCGGGAAGAACCAGGUUCUCUCCUCUGACUAGCUCCUGAGGCCCUGCCCGGGGCCGGAUUCAGGAAUAUUCCCAAAGAGUGAUAGGCUUUUGCUUUUGGCAAAACUCAACUUAAUCCAAUGGGUUUUUCCCUGUACAGUAGAUUUUCCAAAUGUAAUAAACUUUAAUAUAAAGUAGUCA